AUGACCACUCUACCCUUGGAGAUUUUGCAACUCAUUUGUUCAUUCAUCAAGCCUAAGUAUGUUGGCAAGUUUCGUCUUGCCUCCAAAACUUUCAGCGACGUUGGAGCAAAGUUCAUGUUCCGCGAAAUUAAGUUUCUCUUGCAUGUUGAUGAUCUAAAUCAGCUUCAACAUAUUUCAGAACGAUAUCCCAACUACGUCCGCUCGCUAGUAUAUAGUUGCAAACCUACCAAAGAGGACCUUCCCCUCGAAGAGUCCCAGGGAUGGCAUGCCGGCUCCGUCGUGAGCUCUGCUAGAAGACGACGAGUAGCACCUUCAGUCGACUUGGUGAAGGAGUAUCAUAGAAACGCAGUUGCCCUGGAAACUCAGCGGACAGUAAUCAGGAAUGAAGUCGACUUCAGGCGCCUGAGUACGGUCUUUGCAAAUCUGCGCCGUCUCCAAUCUGUCAUGAUUACAAGGGACGGAUGCUUUCUUGAGAAGGUGUAUCUGUCACGCCGAAAGACUCCAUUCGAUCAACUUAUGCCAGCGCUUUGUGGAGAAACGGAAAACAAUGGCUGCCGCCAGCUUGAAGUGGUGCUGUUUGCUCUUCAAAAUGCAGCUGCUGAACUGGAAACAUUCCGCGCCGGGGCUAUUGGGUUGUUUUUCAUCGCAAACAGCAAGACCUUAGCUGAAAAGUGGCCGCCAUCUUGUAGUCGAUUGAAGCAAUUGUAA